AUGCCAGUUAUCAAAGUGCCAGUGGUACACAGAUUUGGAAUAUUAUCCAAUAGACAACAUAAAGAACUUCAAAAGGAACUUUUGAAAAAAUAUUUGCCAAGUCAUUCAUAUGAAAUCCACAGUGACAAGCCUAUAAACCCCUUGGAAAUCACAGAAAAAUUCAUUCAGAAGUUCAAUGAUGCAACAAAUCCACAGGAUAAAGAAGACUUACUAGAACUAGCUAAGAAAAUGCUUGCCAGAUGCAAGAGAAGAUCAGGCCUUGGCACAUUAGGUUCUGGGAAGCAUGUGGAUCUUCCAGUAGCAUGGACAGAAGCAAUUAUAUUGGCUCAAUGCAAAGGUGAAAUCCAGGAAGAAGCUUUGGACAUCCUUUUAAUUUCUUUGGACCAUGCUCCCAUGAAUCCAGAGCAUGUCCCUGUUUUAUUUUUCAUCGCUGAAUCCAUUUUGUAUAGGAUUUGUUGUGAUGCGGCACAGAAAUCUUAUUUAUACUCCAGUGAAAUCAAGUUAUCAAAGGUUGGAUUUUUGGUCUUUUUAAGGCUCCUUGUUUUUCACCUGUGUGGUCACCUGGAGACUUCUGGAGAACAUACAUAUAGGCUUCAUACAGAUUUAAAAGCACUUUCAGCUUGUGAGGUCUGCUACCAUCCAUAUCCAAACAUCCUCUCGGCUGUGCAAUUUAUGCUGAAGGCUGGAGAAACCAUAUGUGGUGCUGUGGUAUUUUCUGAUGUAAGCUUGGAAGAAAGACAGAAGCAGAGUCCUCUUGGCAUGUCCUUCUUGGAUUCUGACCCAUCAGUUCAGUUAAAGCUUGAACAAAAAGAAAAUAUGAUUCAGCACUUUCUUUGGCAUAGUCUUGUUGUUUGGGUUUGUGUACACAACAACUCUUCUCGACUAGAUGAAGUGCUUCAACAUCUUCUGUUCUAUAAGGAAGAGCUCCACCAGAAAAACUGGUUGGAUUCUGUAUUAGGUUUGUUGGUCCUUGGAGAGGCUGCCAAAUUAAACUUGUCCUGCUUGAAGGUUUUAAUGGAUCUAGUGAGAGAUUUUAUUUCAAGCUCUGUGUCUCUUCAGAAGCAGAAAGACAACUGCAUGAAAAAUCUAUCAUCCUGGCGCUGGGAAAUUGGCUACAUAUACACCACUGUGCUCAGAGACAUUUGUUUAAGUGGUAUUACCUCAGAUUUACAAAAGACAGCUUUUCUUGGAUUCUGUGAUUGUACAAAACCACCUAAGCAUCCAGAAGAAUUAAGUGGAGCAAGUUUUUUUGACCUUUUGCACUACAGUCCGUCACAUGAUCCACAUGACUGUGAAGAACUAUUCUGGGUUAUUCGCUAUGGUGUUGUUUACAAUCUGGUUGUGAUGUGCAAUGAACUCUGUGGGGAUGCGAGUCGAGAAGGCUUAAGGAAUGCAGUAUGGAAAGCUUUACAGAAACAAAAGAACAAUGAAAAGGAUAGCCGAGUCCUGGAAGCCAUAAGAGUAGCUGAGGCUGAGGCAAAUGGUCCAGCAAAUCCUUUUAUUAGUUCAAGUGCAAAUGCUCCAUCAUCUCCCAGGACCUUAACCUCCUGCCAGUAUGUGGGCUGGAGAGUUGCCAGUGUACUCUCCCAGGUCUACUUACCACCCAUUGGUCCCAACAUCCCUCUGCCAAGCAAACCUAAACAGAAGCUAACUCCUAUGCAGUAUCAGCACUCAGAGCAGUGUGAUGUGGAGAAAAGAACUGCAUGUUCUUCUCUAAGGGAAGAACUUUUGCAAGCAAGAACACCAAUUUAUCCAUAUCCAGAUAUCCUUACCCGGACAGAUAGGGAGCUAAAGAAGAUAAUUGAGGAUCAGUGGCAGAAAGAGCUGCAGAUCAGACUUAAGGAAGAGGAGGAGCUCCUGGAGAAAGAACUUCAGGAAAAACAAAGGAAGGAGGAAGAGCACUUCAGAGAAAUUAUGAAAAGGCGAGAAGAAAAGCUGCACAAGAAAACCAAACCUUAUGAGCUUCCUGUUAAACACAAAGCUGAAGAUUUGAUACAGUGA